CUGAGCCACCCAGCCUCUCUCCAGGCAGCGCGCUGGCUAGCUUAACUGUCACGUGAUCAUAUGUUGUCCGCUGGAUGACGUCAUCCAACGCGACAGCUACUGUAGCCACGCUGCCACUGUCUCGCUUUGUGAAGCACUACGGACGCAAGACUGUUGCUGAGUGAGAGAGAAGUGUGAACGAGUUCAGAAACAAUCCCAUCGCUCAGAGGCAGACAAGAAAAAGAAAAAGCUGCUGUUUGCUGGAACAUCUCAAUGGUUGUGAAACAGGACACCUGUGAUGUGGACGCAAAUAUCAUGGAGAAAACUGUAAAUAUUAACGAGGAGGACUGUGAGUGGAAGUCCAUCUACCUUAAACAGGAAAGUCUGAGCAUCAAGGAGGAGAACAAUGAACUGCAGCCAGUGGGCAUUAAAGAAGAACCAGAAGAGAAGUCCGUCAGUAUUGAGACACAUAACCAUACAAAUCUGGACAGUGUAAAAGAAGACCACCUUGAUGAUGGGUGUCAAGAUGGAGUGGUGACCAGGUUAGACUCUUCUCAUAGCAGACACUGUUCAUCUCCAGAGCCUUCUGUCAAUGUGAAGUCUGAAUCAUUAGAGUCUGAACCAAAGAGGGCUGAGGAAAAUACAUCUGUUAGAGCUCAGAAAAAUAUGCAACCACAUUCAAAGAAGUCUGGAAAAAGAAAGAAAGAUCACUGCAUUGUGGAAUGUGGCAGAGAAUUCUCUAACAGGAGUGCUCUUCAGAAACACACGAGAGUUCACACCGGAGAGAAGCAAUAUUGCUGUAAUGAAUGUGGCAAACAGUUUUCAGCAACGAGCAGUCUUCAGAGACACACUAGAGUUCACACCGGAGAGAAGCCAUAUUGCUGUAAUGAAUGUGGCAAACAGUUUUCCGAGAUGGGCAGUCUUCAGAAACACACAACAGUUCACACUGGAGAGAAGCCAUAUUGCUGUAAUGAAUGUGGCAAACAGUUUUCAGUGUCGAGCAAUCUUCAGAGACACUCUAGAGUUCACACCAGAGAGAAGACAAAGUGCUGUAAUGAAUGUGGUAAACAGUUUUCAAACAUAUGGAAUUUUCAGAAACACAUGAGAGUUCACAUUGGAGAGAAGCCAUAUUGCUGUAAUGAAUGUGGCAAACAGUUUUCAGCGUCGAGCAAUCUUCAGAAACACACUAGAGUUCACACCGGAGAGAAGCCAUAUUGCUGUAAUGAAUGUGGUAAACAGUUUUCAGCGACGAGCAGUCUUCAGAAACACACUAGAGUUCACACCGGAGAGAAGCCAUAUUGCUGUAAUGAAUGUGGCAAACAGUUUUCACAAAUAGGCAUUCUUCAGAUACACACGAGAGUUCACACCGGAGAGAAGCCAUAUUGCUGUAAUGAAUGUGGCAAACAGUUUUCACAAAUGAGCACUCUUCAGAGACACACUAGAGUUCACACUGGAGAGAAGCCAUAUUGCUGUAAUGAAUGUGGCAAACAGUUUUCCGAGAUGGGCAGUCUUCAGAAACACACAACAGUUCACACCGGAGAGAAGCCAUAUUGCUGUAAUGAAUGUGGCAAACAGUUUUCAGUGUCGAGCAAUCUUCAGAGACACACUAGAGUUCACUCGAGAAUCAAACGUCACUGCUGUUCUGAAUGUGGCAAACAGUUUUUACGGAGAAGCCAUCUUCAGCGGCACCAAAGAAUUCACACCGGAGAGAAGCCGUAUUGCUGUUCUGAAUGUGGGAAACGAUUCUCUGUCAGUAGUUACCUUCAGACACACAUGAAAACUCACAUCGGUCAGAAGCUGUACUGCUGUUCUGAAUGUGGAAAACAAUUCUCUGGCAGUAACCAUCUUCAGAAACACAUUAAAACUCACAUAGGAGAGAAGCCGUUUUGCUGUUCUGAAUGUGGCAAAACGUUUUCACAGAAAGCCAAUCUUCAGAGCCACCAAAGAAUUCAUACAGGGGAGAAGCCGUUUUGCUGUUUUGAAUGUGGCAAAAAAUUUUCACGGAGAAGUGAUCUUCAGAGCCACCAAAGAAUUCACACAGGGGAGAAGCCGUUUUGCUGUUCUGAAUGUGGCAAAACGUUUUCACAUAGAGCCAAUCUUCAGAGCCACCAAAGAAUUCACACAGGGGAGAAGCCAUUUUGCUGCUCUGCAUGUGGCAAAAAGUAUUCACAGAGAAGCCAUCUUAAGAACCACCAAAGAAUUCACACAGGGGAGAAGCCGUUUUGCUGUUUUGAAUGUGGCAAAAAGUUUUCACGGAGAAACAUUCUUCAGAGCCACCAAAGAAUUCACACGGGGAAGAAGCCAUAUUGAUGUCCUGAAUGUGGAAACGAUUCUUGCACCAUAAUAGUUUACUGAUGCACAUUAAAAUUUACUCGGGGCAGAAGCAGUAUUGCUGCGUUGAAUGUGGUAAACAAUUCUCUCUCAGUAGCUAUCUUUAGAGACGCAUUAAAACCCAAGCUGCAUUUCUUUUUUUGAAUGUUGCAAAAAGUUUUUACAAAGAAGAUAUCAAUGAAUUCUCAUAAGAGAGAAAAAAAAUUACAAAAACUCCCCCAGAGUACAAUAUGCUAAGCACCAGAAAAAGAAUUCACAAAGUUAAAUGAAAACAAAAAACAAAUUGGGGAAACUACAAGUAACUCCAACUCCAACAGCCUCUUCUAGAAAUGAAACUUACCCAUGCGUGGCUUAUGAGGGGCGAACUACAACCAAAAGCUGAACAUCUAAUAGCUGCACAAAACAGUGGCUUGGCCACAAGGUAGUUCAGAUCAUAAAUAGAAAACAAAUUUCAAAAAAUAAUCCAAAAAUGUCCCUUCUACUAAAGCGAACUGGAAACAGUCACACAUGUCAUUGCUGGGUGCGAGGUACUGAUUGCUGAAGGAUUAUACACUGCACAACUCAACAAAGUGGCCAGGCUCAUUCGCUGGAAACUCUGCAUGAAGUACAACUUACCAGCACCAGAAAGACACGGGGAGCACAACUCGGACAGCACAAUGGAAAAUGAAGAGGUGCAGGUCAGUUGUAGCACAACAAUACUGACUGACUAAAAAAUAGAGGCCAGAAAACCAGAUUUAAUAAUCAAAGAAAACCAGUCUAUGAAAUCCUGGCUAACAAAAGUAUUAGGUCCUAGUGAUUUAUCAGUCCUAAGAAUAGAGAGGCUAAAAAGUAACAAAAUACCAAGAAAUGCCGUCUGAGAUACGACAAAUGAAAUAUGGGACAAAAUAA